AUGCCGAAUGGAGAGGACUUGGAAGCUUGGCCAACAUCUGAACUCAAUCCACGAGCUUUCAAUACCAUGAUUCCGGGCCGAGUAUUUGGCGAUUCAACUGCUCAAAUCGAGAGCCUUUCCAUGAGUCGAAACGGACAAAUGACAAUCGUUUCAACAAUUAGUGAUCAAGUCUGGCUGUAUGAUUUGGAGAAGUCAGCUCGAGCAAGGACUGUAUGGUGCGAAAAAUAUGGAGCUGCGCAUGUCAGAUUCAUUGUCGAUGCGAAGACCGCUAUUCUUGCUAGUACCAAAGGGGAUCGUUAGUUUUUUUGGGAAGGGAAGGAGCUGAGAGCAGCUCUCAAAACACAAUUUUUGCAGAUAGGAUCAGCUACUUAGACCUUGUGACAAUCAAUUACUCGCGCUACUACACUGGUCACGAAGGCCGUAUAAUUGGACUUCACACAUCUCCAAAAGAUGAUUUGUUUCUAUCAAUCAGCGAAGAUCAAACCAUUCGUUUUUGGGAGCCUCUGAAAGAGGAAUCACUGGGAACAAUUUCAUUGCCAUCAACAGCGGUCGCCGAAUUCGAUCCAACAGGUUCGAUUUUUGGAGUUGGAUGUGGUGGAAAACUGAGACUGUAUGAUUUGAAAAGUUAUCACUAUGGACCUUUUUUGAGUGUUGAUAUUCCAACUGAUGAUUGGGUUGCGAUGCGAUUUUCACCGGCUGGGGACACCAUUCUGAUUUCAACAAACACUGAUAAACUUCUACUCUUGGAUGCGUUUACCGGAGCAAUCAAACAUGUUCUUCAAGGACAUUUGAAUACUACCGUAGGUUUCAAAAAGUCCCAGACAAAAUUUAAAAAAAAAAAAACAAAAUCCUUUUUAGAGACUCCACUUGAAAGGUUCAUUCUCCCCGGAUGCGAGAUAUGUCGUUUGUGGAAGUAGCAACAAACACAUCCACAUUUGGUCAACUGAAACUGCCCAAAUUGUUCAUACUUUUGAAAGAUCACCACAUGAACAAAUACCAUUAUUGGUUGAAUGGAAUCCAGCUUUCAUCUCAUUUUUGUCGGCUGGUAAGAAACUUGUGCUUUGGAAUCCGGUGUUGGAAGAUAUGGAGAAGGAGGAUUGA